CCCAAUGGUGAAAUUGCAAGUUGGUCAGAUUACUAAAACAGAGCUAUACAGUCACUGGCGUGAAACCAUAGUAGAAGAAGUUGAUGCUAGUAUGAUAAAAAUGAGGUUUCUUGAAACUGACAGGACUGAGUGGUUAUACAGAGGUUCUACAAGAUUAAAGUUGCUGUACAAUGAGCUUGCAAAUGCAGAACUUAGCCGUCUAUCAAAAAAGAACAGGAGACACAAUAUUAUUCCUAGAAGACAUCAAGAUGGUUAUGUUGAAUACACGAAUGAAAAUGAAACCAAUGAUGAUAUUGUAACAAUUGAUUCAGAAGAUGAAGAGGACUUUGUACAAAGUCGAUUUCCUAGGAGGAAAACUGGUGGUUCACAGUAUAUGACUGAAGAAACAAAACCAAUUAGAAAUACAGCUCGUAAAUCAACAUGUCAACUUGCAAAUGCUCAAAAUGCUAAAAAUAAAGACAAAAGUAUAGGUAGUUUUCCACGUGAUGUUAAAUCCCAUCUUGGACAUAAAGACAGGAUUCGAUUCGAUUCGUAUACUAGAAUCAAAUAUGUACCUCACAACUGUAAUAUUGGCUGUCGAGAGGAAGAAAACCCUGAUAAAUAUAGAGGCAGAAACCCUUUGCUUAUUCCCAUGUACUUAGGCUGGGAAAGGCAAUUAAGAAAUUACAGGAAGGGUGGCCCAAAAGUAAUGAUAAUGUAUAGAGCUCCAUGUGGAAGGCAUUUGCGAAAUUUGCUGGAAAUACAAUAUUAUUUAUAUUUAGUGAAAUCUCGAUUAACAAUUGAUUUAUUUUCUGUUGAUGCUGAACUCGAGAUUUGUACAUACUUUGUUGCUAAACAGAUAUUGUAUUCAAAUGAUGAUAUAACUGAAGGUAAAGAAAAUGUCCCUGUUCCUUGUGUAAAUUGCUUAACUGAUGAAGCUCCACCUUAUGUUGAAUAUUCAGCUGAGAGAUUUUCAGGACGAGGCGUUUUUUUAAAUUUGGACAAAAAUUUUCUCGCUGGUUGUAGUUGCACAGAUAAUUGUCAAAAUUCUGCAAAAUGUGAGUGCCAGCAAAUGACAAAUGAAGCAAAAACUGGCAUUAAAAUUGGUGAUGCUGGUUAUAAAUUUCGUCGUUUAACAGAACCUAUAAUUACUGGUAUAUAUGAAUGCAACGAAAUGUGCAAAUGUGGUCCUCAGUGUGGAAAUAGAGUUGUGCAGCAUGGGUUAAAGGUACGCCUACAAAUGUUUAAAACGCAGUUUAAAGGUUGGGGUAUUAGGUGUCUUGAUGAUAUCGAUGCUGGAAUGUUUAUCUGUGUAUAUGCUGGUCAACUAUCUACAGAACAAGGAGCUGAUGAGGAUGGAUUUCAUUUUGGUGAUGAAUAUCUAGCUGAACUCGACCAUAUAGAAGUUGUGGAAAGGACAAAAGAAGGUUAUGAAUCUGAUGUCACUGAUAUAGAAAUUGAAAUUUCUCCUAAGCCAAAACUAAAAGAGGAGGAAAGUGAUUAUAAUCAGUCAUCAGCUUCAAGUGACUCUGAUUUAAAUAUGUAUGCUGACUCGGAUUCUGAUUUUGAGUCCUCAAAUCUGCGCUCUACAGCCAGUAGCACGUAUGCUACAAGGAGUAGGUAUAAGAAAAAGAGAAGUCCAGGUCCUAGCCCUUCUUUAGAUGAUGAAUUUGACAACAAUGAAACUGAUACUAAAGAAUUACCAGAUAUAUCUACAUCUUUUGAUUCCUAUCCAAUAGUCCCUCGUCCUUUAAGUCCACACUCAGCAGCAAUUGUAGAAAGUACUGAAAUACAGAGGAAGCCAAAACUUGGAGAUGAUGAUGAUUCAGGUCCAAAAAAUGUUGCUAGAAAAUCGGUCAGUAUGAAGCAUCCUAUGACUCCUCUUAUGCCUACUCCAAAGGUGCGUAAAUUUAAAUCAGUGCGCAGCUAUUAUGGAGAAGAAUCAGUUUAUAUCAUGGAUGCAAAGUGCAAGGGAAAUAUUGGAAGAUACUUGAAUCAUAGCUGUUCUCCUAACGUAUUUGUGCAGAAUGUCUUUUAUGAUACAUAUGAUUUAAGAUUUCCAACUGUAGCAUUUUUUGCCCAACAUUAUAUUACAGCUGGAACAGAACUGACCUGGGACUAUAAUUAUGAAGUUGGUAGUGUUAGUGGUAAAGUUAUGCGCUGUCAUUGUGAUGCAAGGACUUGUCGUGGGAGAUUGCUUUAAGCAUUAUAAAAACAGUCUUUCAAAAUAUGACAUCUGCCAUAAUUCAUCUGUACAGCAGUCAUUUAUUUUUAUUUAUUAUGAAUACUGUGUUGCAAGUCUUCAUUUUUACGAACAGUGCAUCAUCAUUUUGACUUCAAUUUCAUGUGCAGCUCUGCUGUCGGAGAAUGUGCCUUAAAAUCUUGCUGUGGAUUUUUUUAAAUAGGGAGAAAAUGAAAUUAAAAACUGUAAAUGAUAGUAUAAUGUCAUUGUGUAUAUUUUGUAAAGAAUUUUCUGUAUGUGUUUGUUUUUAUUGGAAUGUCAUGUAAAGAUUUUUUUGUAUUCAGGUUUUCUGUACUUCAGAUAAUCUAGGUUUCAUUUUAAAAUUUUAAUAUUCUGAAUAAUAUUGUAAAGAAAGUAUUGAAAAAUGCAUUGAUGUGGAAUAUAACCCCCUUUCUGUCAUAUUCUGAAUCAGAUAUUCAACUGGAUAAAGCUAAAAUCUUUAUGAAAACACUUUAAUUCAGAUUUUUAUGAAUACAACUAAGUCUAAAAAUGUUGACAAAUAUUAAGUACAGGAAUCUUGUUUUAUAUCUAGUCUAUUUCAGCAUUUGCAUACAAAGAAUACUUUUUUACAGAAUUUAAAUUUAUCUUUGAUAUCUGUAUAUUAAUUAUUAUGCACAUUUGGCUUUUUUUAGGGGGGUAGUUAUUUAUUUUAAAGUUAUCAUUCUUUGCAUUACUGAAAACUAGAAAAUAGAAUAGUCAUAUUUGAACAAUACUUUUAAUAUUUAAAGCAUGUCCUUUCUCAUGUUUACAUUAUGUUACAUUCUUUGAAUUUUCAUUAAUAUUCUUUUGGGAGAAGAAAAUGAUUUAUAAUAGGUGAUUCAUCUUUAUUUAUGUAAAACUGUAAAAUUUAACUUUUAUUCAUAUAAAAUUUACAGUCUGAGAUUUAUGUGUAGCAUUCUUUCAAAAUUAUUAUCUAUUAUUGCAUUUGCUGAAAUAGCAAAGUAUUGAAUGUAAAUAUGUAGUUGUGUAAAUAUGGUCCUGUUUAUAGCUAAUUUUUAUUAACACAUAAUAUUGUAUUAUGUUGCUAAUUAUUUGUAUAACAUAAAGUACAUUAUUUCUAAUGUGAAAAAAAUUAUAUUGAACUAAAAGCAUAAGUAAAAUAUUUCUAGGGGGUUACAUUUCAUAAUUCAGAUUUUUGCUCCUGCUUUUUGUGCUGUGUAGAUUGAAAAAUGCUGUGUAAAUGAAUGAAAGAGAAUAAAUAUACUGUAUAUAUUUAUAGAUGAAACACUGCCAUCUGUUGCUCAAAAUUUAUGAAUGUAAACUUAUGAAGUGUAUUUAUGAUUAAAAUUUUUUAUUUAUGAUUAA